AUGGACAAUACGGUGGUUCAUAUAGACGAUGUAAACCAAAAAACGAUUGUUCAUGAACACGAAUUAAGUGAUCAACAACAAUCAAAACUUAUUCGAAAAUUAGUGUGGAAAAUUGAUAUACAUCUGAUACCAUUUCUUGCUUUGCUAUAUCUUUGUUCAUUUUUGGAUCGAAUUAAUAUAGGUAAUGCAAAACUGGCUGGUAUCGAAAAUGAUCUUCAUUUAACACCAUCUCAAUACAAUGUUGUUUUAUCAAUUUUCUUUGUCGGUUAUGUUCUCUUUGAAGUACCGUCGAACUUGCUAUUAAAAUUACUUGGAACAUCUAUCUGGUUACCGAUCAUCAUGAUUAUAUGGGGUAUUAUUAUGAUGUCGAUGGCCGCAGUCAAGAAUUACCCAGGAUUAUUAGCAUGCAGAUUAUUUUUGGGUGUUGCAGAAGCUGGUCUCUUCCCCGGAGUGGUAUUUUAUCUAUCAUUGUGGUAUACUCGGCGAGAACAAACAUUGAGACUUGGACUAUUUUUUUCUGCUGCUGUUUUAGCAGGCUCAUUUGGCGGAGUUUUAGCUUUUGGUAUCACGAAAUUGCAUAAUAGAGAAAACUUGAAAGGAUGGCAAUGGAUAUUUAUUUUGGAAGGUAUUCCUGCAAUUCUCCUUGGAAUCAUCUCAUAUUUUUAUUUGCCAUAUUCAAUUGAGACGGUUAAAUGGCUCAGUGAUUCUGAACGUCAAGCACUAAAUAAACAUUUAAAACAGGGCACAAAUACGACUGCGAUUCAAAAACAUUUUUCGUGGUCUGAAGUAAAAGAGGCAUUUAUCGACAAAAAUGUUUACAUAUUUAUGUUUGCUUAUAUUGGAAAUGUGACACCGUUUUAUAGUUUAAGUUUAUUUUUUCCAAGUAUUAUCCACGGUAUGAAAUUUUCUAAUCUUACUGCUCAAGCAAUGUCAGCUCCACCGUACGCGGUGGCAUGUGUAUUAACAAUAUGUAUAGCUGCACAUUCCGGAUAUCGAAAUGAACGUUGUUUUCACAUAAUGGGUUGUAGUCUCCUUGGAAUAAUUGGUUACAUCUUACUACUUACAUUCCCAAAAUAUGGUCAACAAGCAAUGUAUGCAGCCUCCAUAAUUGCAUGCGCUGGAACAUUUUCUAGUAUUCCGCCGCUAUUGGCUUGGUUCACAAGUAACAUUGGAGGAUCUACGAAGAAAGCAGUUGCCGUUGCGAUGAUUGUAGGAUUUGGAAAUCUUGGUGGUGUUUUUGCCGGACAACAUCCAGAUUUUAGAUAUGUUACAUAA